ACAGAGUUUCGAGGCCCCACGUGCAGUGAUUUGUGCAGAUUCUAUAAGAACCGCGGUGAGCACCGCUGUCUGAUGCGGAAACACGGGCAGAAUGGCGGGGAUGGGAUCGAAAUGUCGAAGGUGGGGCACGGGGAAAUCUUUUGGCGUGCUGCGGCAACGGUUCUCUCAGUCCAUGCUCGGUCUUCCUUCCGCCAAACAUAUCGUCGCGUUGGUGCGUACGAUUCAUUCACUACCUCGACUCGAUCGCGAUCGUGCCCGUUCGCCUGGGAGACUCGCGACCAGCUGUGCCGCUGUGAAUUCUGUGAAUCUAGUUUCGUCGAACGAAACGCAUGUCAGAAAGGCAAAGUGCUCGAUACGAACGUUACUGAAACUUCGAGUCACGGUGUUGCUUCCCUUUGUCGCGAGAUUUUCGUGUCACGAUUAAACGCGGGACCAAAGUUUUUGUUUUUUUUUUUUCAUUUUAAACCGAAGGUAUACUCGAGCUGUAACCACGUUGGACCGGUUCGAUCGCAUCGAUAGACUUCACGUAGUCUCUGUGUUACGUUCGUCUAAAUGCUUUUAGAAUAAGCAGAACGCAAAAGGAUAAUCGUCGAUCUCUAGUGAGUUGCAGAAAGGAUUCUCGAAAUAGAUUGGUGACAUGCUUCUAUUGUUCGACGAUGUCACGAGUUUUAGAGGCAGGACACUGGCCCUUUUAUUCCGUCUGACAGUGUUGGGGUUUAGAACGGGAAUAGAGGAUAUUCUUAUCAGCGAUUACAGUUAACGUUUUAAGUCUCCGUGGGCGGUCGUGGAUCGACCGCGCGUAGACAGUGGGACUCGAGCAGCGGAAGCCAAAUGAAACGGAAGACAUCGGCAUUCAUCGUGCGUGGCGCGGCUCGCUCCUAACGAGUGCACCGAAUAAUUACGUAAUCCAAAGACAGACAGCGACCUCGUGCAAUACGCGAUGAGGAUGACCUUCGCGGCACUCUCAUCUGUCCGUGUAUCAUCGAGAGAGAAGAAGCCCGAGAUAAGGCUGCGCGCGAACUAAUUAAUAUCUAGGCGCGAUCGUUUCGUCUGGGGGACGUGUCGGUUCGAGUCGAAGAGGAGGAAUGUCGACGUGCGCGUGCCGGAAGAGAUGACUCCGACAAGAGGUUUCCCUGGCGAGAUCUGAGGCGGCCGAGGCUAUCGCGAUUCUCUAUGCGCGUCAAGUGCAUCGCGAGAGAUGACGGUCACUUACACUGCCGAAGUCGCCACCUGCAAAGGUCUCGGUUGCUUUCUAAAAUUACUCCUAAGAUGGCGAGCGAGCAUAUACAAGCUCGUGUGGCUGGAUCUGGCUCUCUUCCUCUUCAUAUAUUACUCGCUGUCGAGCAUUUAUCGGCUGAUACUCGACGAGGAGCAAAAGAAGAUUUUCGAGGCGAUAGUGGCGUACUGCAACGAGUACAGCGACCUGAUACCGCUGUCUUUCGUCCUCGGUUUCUAUGUCAGCAUCGUUAUGACCAGAUGGUGGAAUCAAUACAUGGUGAUACCGUGGCCGGACUCCAUCGCGGUCUUCGUGUCCGCCACUAUCCACGGCAACGACGAGAGAGGUCGACUGAUGCGUCGCACCAUCGUCAGGUACGUCUGCGUGUGUCUGACCCUGGUGCUGGCGAUGGUUUCGCCUCGAGUAAAGAAGCGUUUCCCCACGUUGGAGCACUUCGUGGACACCGGUUUGCUCCUGGAGAACGAGCUCGCCAUAUUUCAGAGCCUGAACACGAAGUUUCCCAAACCUAGCAAACACUGGCUGCCCAUCGUCUGGGCGUCGAGUAUCGUGACUCGAGCCAGGAAGGAAGGUCGGAUUCGUGACGAUUUCGCGGUGAAAACGUUGAUCGAUGAGCUGAACAAGUUUCGCGGCCUCUGCGGCAGCCUCAUGCACUAUGAUACUAUCAGCGUACCUUUAGUUUACACUCAGGUAGUAACGUUGGCUGUGUACACGUACUUUUUAACGAGCGUGAUGGGUCGCCAGUGGGUGCAGAAUUCGACCGGGUCGAAGAUCGAUCUCUACUUCCCAGUAUUCACGACGCUGCAGUUCUUUUUCUAUAUGGGCUGGCUCAAGGUCGCCGAGACUUUGAUCAAUCCGUUCGGCGAAGACGACGACGAUUUCGAAGUGAAUUGGAUAAUCGACAGGAAUUUGCAAGUGAGCUACCUCAUCGUCGACGAGAUGCAUCACGAGCAUCCAGAGUUGAUCCGCGAUCAGUAUUGGGACGAAGUGUUUCCCACGGAGCUGCCAUACACGGCAGCAUCGCAAGCUUUCCGCGAGGAACACCCGCAACCGUCCACUGCUGGAAUUCAGUUGUCGGCGGCCCAACAAGAACUCCAACCCUCCUCGGUGAGGAUCGACGAAAUGGCUGCGGACUACCAGCAGAAAUUCCGUCCAGACGACCUAGCCGACGACACUCAGUCCGGUAUUCAUUUCACGGCGACGGGAAAAAUGUCAAGGAGUCCCACCGAAUUUUGCAAAAUGGCAAGGAGCGCCAGCCGAGUGAGCACUCGCGAUCGCACUUUGAGCGGAGGUUCCACUCCCAGCAACCUUGACGGGUCUCUGACGAGGGUUAACAGCGUUACCAGCGUGCUGAAGCGACUGUUCAGCAAGGAGGACAGGCCGGACAGCGGGUUUACCAGCGGUACCAAGACACCUGGAAGACUGGCGGCAUCUAGCUCCGCAGCUUCGUUGCAAAACAGAGGCAUUGCUGGAGGAGGCUCUAUGAGGAUAGGAGUGAUCAAAGAAGAGGCGGACGAGCAGAUGACCCUCACGUCGAUGAAAUCUGACAAGAGGCCUCACGUGCAGAGCAUUUUCUCGCCGGGACCACCGCCUCCCAGUGCCCCAGUCGCUGUUCCUGGUUCGGAAUACUCGCGAAACGGGGAACUAUUCUCGAUCAGCGCUCCUGUCACCGGUGGCGUAUUACAGGGGGGUAACGGCAAUGGUGCUAGAGGCAUCGCCGACAGAGGGUAUGCACCUGGUCCAAGGGCGGAGCGAACCACCCAAUCUGCGCGAUCCAGCAUCGCCUUCGAGCCAGCCACCAGCUACGUCGGUAGCGUGAUCGCUGACGACCUCAUCAGCACUGGUAGCUCUUCUUGCACCAGCGUCAACUCCGACGACGAGUUCACGAAGUUGAAGACGGAAAGGGAGAAGCAGAGGCGCGAUCGAGUAGUACGACGACUGGCCAGAAGCACCAGUGGGCAUAACAAUUUGAUCAGCGGUCAUUCUAGGAGUCCUCUGGACACGGAGAACCUCUUGCUGUCCGAGCUAGCGAACACGUCGCGAUUGUCUAUGGUGCAAAUAGACGGGGACGAGAAACCGGUCGACACCGAUCGUUUGUAGCGAAAUUACCAGUGGCUCUUCUUCGAAGUCUAGUUUAAAACGUGGAUGGAGACGAAGUUAGAACCCCGUACUGGAUAUUUAUAUAGAAAAGACUACCGACCAGUCGUAUGGUCGACGAUAGUAAACGAAUUUUUGACGCACCUUUACAGUGGUCGAAAAUCGAUCGAAUGAUGUAUUUUGUGUACAUACGAACUUUAUAUUAGGACGGAAUUGCUGGGCGAAUCGAACGAGACGUACUCGACGAUAGACAUUUGCGAAAGGUUUUGAAAAUGCACGAACCAAGUUCAAAUAGAAUCGAAAUUAGUUGGGAAGAUUGUAUAGAGACCGAUGUUUGUAAACAUUCUGUCUACGGAAGCUCGACGGCUGACUUUUAACAACAAAAAAAGGAAACAGGACGCUGUAAGUCGUGUUUAGUAUAUCUAAUGGAACACUUUGCUACUACAAUUUUAUAUCCAUUGGAAGUUUAUUUAACGUUUGGGUACGAUGAACGAAAGAAUACAUUCUGUACGCUCUAUACAACUUCUACGCUUUGAUAUUGGCCCGUUAAACAAAUUGUUUACAUAUUAUAUACGAUAUCAAAAGACUAAGUCUGUAACACAUGUGCUGACAUGAAAGUAACCACUGCUGAUAACGGUGGACUUGCUGUCCACGGUGUAUAUUUUUCAUUUGAAAUUCUACAUAUAUCUAUAUAAUGUGACAAUAAUUGCGGGAACUUUGUCAUCGAUUGUCGCUUUACGGGAAUUUAAUUUUAUAGAUCUACAUUUAGCAAAUGUUUUCAGUUUACGAAUCGAAGCUACUCGAAAUUAAGAAAGGAGAGCUUUGUUAAAGGUAGACCAAUUAUAACGUCUUACCGGUAAUAAUUCUCAUAUUUUUUUUAUAUUCGAUAACUAUUAAUACAAAAAAAAAAAAGUAAACGUAGAUAGUAGUGGAUAGUCUAAACAUUGUAGAUGACAUUACUAGAACUUUUUUUAUUUAAUUAAUCUCGUUUGGAAAUGUUACGGAAAUCGUCAUACAUCGAUUAGUAUAUAGAGUACUUCGUCGCGAGAUUUUCGAAUAAGCACAGAUCCGUUAAGGAUGAACAAUGACAUACGUUUCGGAGUUAUGAUACGAUGAAAGGAUAUUAAAAAGUGCCUGCGUUGAGCCUACCUGUAUCUGGUACUUGACGUUACUCUUUAUCGUUACGUAACUCGAAUUUCAACUACUUCGGUGUUACGUUUAGAAAACGUACUCAUUUUACAGCAACGCGUUCGUGCACGCACAUUCCAGGAAUUGCAAACGAAUUUAGAUUGAGGACAAAGUCGAUAAAACGAUCGCACAUUUACAAGAUAAAGUUAAUUUGAUAGUACCUUUACGUUUGUAUUUAUGUUAUUUGUAAUUACGAUUUUCCGAUUACUUUUCAACGAUUGUAGCUUAACCGCGAAUUGGCACGCAAAGAAAGUGGAAAGUUUAGGAUAAACUUAAAAACGCCAUCGCACCCCAGUAAAUUUUAUACCACGAAUUAUCAACGAAAUAAACAUUCUAAGAAUUAUGAAACGUACAGUCGUAUCGCGCGUAUCGUAUGCGUAUUGUGUACGCUUAGAGAAACGCAAUCGCAUAGCCUAAUAUACACUUGUUACUGCCUGUGCAUAGUUCACGUUAAACAUUUUGUCUUUCAUUUUGGAAUUACAUUCCAGAGUGUGAAUAAAUCUUAUGGUGCUCAUGGUUCAGCAAUUCGUUUAACAGUAUUACGGUAUUGAAGUACUUCUCGGAAUGUCUAUCAGAAAUGAUGAUUUCUUCUGAAUAAACAAGUGACUUUCAAA